AUGAAGUUUUCAACCGCCCUUAGCACUCUCGUGCUAGCUACUGCAGUCGCCGCCGCUCCAUCGCCCUCUCGCCGACAUGUCAACUCGCCUCGUCUCUUGGAGAAGCUUCGCCAGCGGCGCGCAGAGCGUUCGGCCGCGAAACGCUCCGAUCUCGUCAGACUAGACCGCCCCCUCGCCGUCAACUUCACCAGCCUGGACGACGUCAUCACCAUCAACAACCCAGACCACGUCGACUACAGCUCUAACUGGGCUGGCGCCGUCAUCAUCGGCUCUGACAUCACAAAGGUCACUGGCACUUUCACCAUCCCAACCGUCAGCAUCCCCAGUGGAGGAAGCAGUAGUACCGAGUAUGGUGCUUCCGCUUGGGUCGGAAUCGACGGAGAUACUUGUGAGACCGGUACGUCCCUUCAAAUUUCCUCAGUCACCUGUUCACCUCGUUCUAAUUCGUCCACUAGCUAUCCUUCAAACUGGCGUCGACUUCCUCAUUGAAGGUUCCGAGACUGCCUAUGAAGCUUGGUAUGAAUGGUACCCGGACUACUCGUACACCUUCAGCGACUUCGACGUCGCUCCGGGCGAUGUCAUUACUGCCACUGUCGUUUCUACUAGCACUGUUGCUGGUACUGCCACCAUUGAGAACCAGAGCACCGGCGAGAGCACCACGCAUACUUUUAGCAAUGAGGCUUCCCUGGGAGCGCUCUGUGAGACGAAUGCGGAGUGGAUUGUUGAGGUGAGUUGCUGCCAUUUAUAGGGUUCUGAUCUGAAGAACUUGUGCUGAUCUGUCUCUCGUAGGACUUCGAGUCUUCUUCCGAGCUGAUUCCGUUUGCCGAUUUUGGUUCUGUUACUUUCAGCGAUGCUUCCUAUGUCGCUGGCGGUUCCACGAAGAGCAUUUCCGGCGAGACAAUCAUUGAUGUCAAGCAGAGCGGUGAGGUCGUUACUGAUGUUACUGUCAGCGGCUCUGAGGUCACGGUGACCUACACUGGCUGA